AUGGGCGAAGAGAGAAACCAGGCAGGCGAGUAUGGUCCUCAACCCACCGGUGCCCCGGGCUACCCCCUCGAUCCCCGCAGUGUCUUGAGAAGGUCUGUAAUUGCGUGCAAUCGUUGUCGCAGCAGGAAGACGAAAUGCGCUGGUCGCCAUCCGUAUCCAUGCGUGGCGUGCCAGGCAUCUGGUAGCCAAUGCGUCUACUCGGAAUCUGAGAAGAGAGUGACAGUCCCUGAAAGGUAUUUUCUAAAUGAGUUGUGUCGCAGAGAAAAGCAGUUGUCGGUAUACGUGGACACAUCGCUAACAGUUUAGCUAUAUCCUUGAUCUUCAAGCGCAGGUUCGACGAAGGAGGAGCGGACGCCGCGUUCAGGAUGAUGCUCCAGAACCAUCGGAUACCUCCUUAGCAGAUGUGCAAUGGGGGAACACAAGAGCGGAGAACUGGGUGGUCGGGCAAUCAGGACAAUAUCGUGAGUGUUCAAUAACAAUGCAUCCAACAAGGCUCACCAAGGCUUACUUGAUACCUGCGCAGAUUACAUGGGGAAUUCUUCUUCAGCAUACAUCGCGAAUAGACUCAAUCCUACAACAGAAACUGUCGCAUGGCACCUAUACCCUCAUUAUGAAGACACGAGCUGGCUCAGAAGACCACUUGACGUUGGUGCUGAUGAGAUGCCCCCGCUUCCGCCGUACGAACUAGCAAAGAGGCUGUAUCGCGCUCAGCACGGGUACAUCGGUACCAUCUUCUCCUUUUUACGAGAGGAGGACUUCUUCCAACGCUUGAGUCGCGUCUAUGCGAGGCCAAGGCCAAACCCAGCGGAUAAGGAGGAAUGCCUCGUAUAUUGCCAGAUAUUACUCGUGUUGGCAUUUGGGCAGAUGUAUUCGAUCAACCAAUGGGUCGGGGAUGACGGCCCUCCUGGCUUCACGUUUUUUAAACAUGCAUUGAAGUUCCUGCCAAACAUGCAUGAGGAUGGGUCCAUUUUGUUCGUUGAAGUCCUCAGUUACGUCGCUUACUACAUGCAAACGCUGAACAGGAGAGACGCUGCGUAUUUAUACAUUGGCAUUGCGCUGCGCAUGUCGUUAUCCUUGGGCCUACAUCAGGAAGUCUCCGAUCAGGAGAUUGACCCUCCUGUAAGAGAGCACCGGAGGCGGGUUUGGUGGUCUGUGUACAGUAUAGAGAGAAUCCUCUCCGUGACCUCUGGCCACCCGGUGUCUAUUCAAGAUGAAGAUGUCGACUUGCAACCCCCGAGCCCAAUUGGUGGUGAAAGCCCUCGGAUUUCUUGCGUCCUCAAUAGCUACAGCCAGCUGUCGCGGAUCCAGGGCAUCAUAGGCGAGCAGAUAUAUCGGAAGAAGCGGAGCUCAGGAACUAGCUUGUCAGCGUCUGUCCUCGACAUCAUGAAGAGUCUCUCGGACUGGUAUAGAAAACUACCGGAGGAUGUUCGACUCGACAUCUCUGAUACGAGCGCCACUCUCAGUAGAGAGUCGGUUUCACUGUCACUUCACUAUUAUCACUGUAUCAACAUGACUGCACGACCGCUAUUGCUCUACGCGGUCCAGAAACAAAUGGCAGUCAACGCACAGAGAAACGCGGGGGCACGAUGGGAAGAUGGACUGUCACCGGAAAUAGUAGGUGUGAUUGACAGUGCAAUAUCUGCAGCCCGCUCAAGUGCCAUGAUAUUUCACACAGCUGCUAAAUUUAACCUCGUAGGUAAGUAUAGCAAUAUGCCUACAUCGGUCUGCCAGGAUGCAGAAUACAGUUGCAGGUGCUCAUGAGUAAAUAAACUAACCCAUCUUCCAGCGACAUAUGGCUUCAUCGACGGGGAGCAAGCAUUUUCUGCGGCCCUUCUUUUAGUGAUGGUAAACAUUGCGUUUCCCUACAACGAGCCAGAUGCCAAAUCAAUGGAGACGGCGCUCUUGGUCCUCCAGGGCAUGGCGGAGAGGGGAAACAAGUAUAUUCAAGCCUGCCAUUCACUCCUCUCCAAGAUCAAUACGAUAGGAAAACCCAAUAAUCUCCCAGUUGGCAAUAUAGGGAACUCACAAGCAGGAAGCGAUACCACCCAGGACGAAAGAGUAGAGUGUCGUCCGCAAACCGCAACUCUCGAAGCGCCGAACGAUGAUGGAAGGCUCUCGCAAGCAGUGACAAUCACGGAAAACUGGCCUGGAAGAACGCAAGAAAACAUAGAGCAUGGUGGUGAACCUAUUAUGAUGGACUCGAACGAGGAUCCGAGACUAUGGGCCGGGGUUUUGGAUUCCAUCGCGAUUGAUAUGGACAGACAUUGGGUCGAGGCUGCGCUCUUGGGUGAGAACGGCGUGGUAGAAGAUCAAAGACACUAA